UAAAGUUGGUUGCGAUCAGCCAUUAAACCCACAGAAGAAGAACAGCUCCCUGUGCAGCAGCAGUAGCAGUGUGACAGCAACUUAAAGCUCUUUCAUGAGAAACUUGAAAUUAUCUGGGAGGAAUCAUGUUUGAAAACUUCAGAGAAAGACUCCACAUGGUCCAGCAAGAUUUCACUACGGGUUUCAAGACCCUUGGAGACAAAUCAAGAGACCCCAAAGUCAGGAGAAGACCCAGGUUUGAAGAAAGCCUUCCUCAUUUCAGUGCUGGACUGGACAUCCUCAGCAGGUAUGAGGAGAGCUGGUUUCUGCUCCACAGAAGAACUAAGGACUGUGCUCAGGCUGCAGAGGCAGUAGAUGGAGACAUAGUGAUGCUGUCUGCACACUGGGAGAGAAAGAGAGCGGCUCUGACUCAGCUGCAGGAGCAGCUGCAGAUUGUGCCGGCCUUCAUCAGCGAUCUGGACGCCAUCACUGCUAACAUCGCUCAUUUGGAGGGAGACUUUGAGGAGAUGGAGAGCAGGCUGGUGUACCUGGAGACUUUGUGCUGUCAGUCUGAACAGCAGACUGUGCAACAGCAGCAUAUCAACCAACUAGAGGCAUAUAAGAAAAAGAAGAGGAAGGAGGUGGAGGCGCUGGAAGUUGAACUGAACUCUGAGCAUGCUCAGAAGGUGGCAGAGCUGGAGCAGGCCAUGAAGCAGAAACUGAAAGAACGACAGAAAGUGUACGAGGAAGCCUUUAACCAAGACGUGCAGCAAUACCUCUCCACCGGAUACCUGCAGCACAGAGAGCCAGCAGAGCCAGCAGGAACAGACGUACGUGUUCUGGAUCAGAUGACAGUCACUAACAUAUCAGACCAGGAGGCUUUGGAUGACUUCCUUAACUCCACUGGUGAUGAUAUCAGCACAGGAUCCUCUCUGACCUCAGGUCCAGAUCUAGAGUCCUUCUCUUCUGAAUCUGAAAUGAAAAGCCAAAUGAUACAAGCUCCUCCCACAAAGAACCAGGCUGCAGAGUGGGAGCAGGAAGAGGAAGAGGCUGCCAGUGAGGGGAACGACAAGCCUCUGGUGCAGUCAGAUGAGGAAGACGUUCAGCCGGACAUGUCCCUGGUUGCUUUGCAGGACAUUGGCACAUUAAGGGGCUCUGAUGAGAGUGACCCUGCAGAGGACCUGCCAUCUGGGUAACUUCGCAAACAGGCCCUUAAAACUUCUUGAUUACUAUGCAUCACUAACUACUGUCCCCCUCUGCUCUGACUUGUCAUAGCUCCUCUCUGCAGCAAAAUGAGCCAGCACUCUCUGAAUCAGACACUGCUUUCUGAACAUUUGAUAACAAAACACAAAGACAAAUCUAUCCUUUCUAUCAUUUGGUUUAAAGCCUCUUCCAGAAAGCAAGCUACAGAGACCAUACUGUAGAUGGUGCAGCUGGUUCCACCGUACAACAUGAGCAGUAAGGCAGUUGGGAUGACACCGUUAAACACAUUGAAAUCACAAUAAAGAUGCUCUGUAAGCCACAGGACUUCUCGACACACCAACUUCAUUUAUAAGAAGAGAGUGGGCGACAGACUGACUGAUCUCCAAACUGGCAGUCAACAAUUCUUAAUUUAUUAGGUUGGUGAUAUUUUAUAUCGUUCGUGAAAAGCUACAAUAAAAUGACCCUGCCAACCUGAGAUAUCAUAAUCGUCUACUCCAAAAAUAUCAUACUGAAACAGCUGUGUUUAAAAUCCUAAAGGUCGACUUUUGAAACACAAAAACCUUGGUCUGUAUUUGUCUCUUCACCCAUUCAAUAAAAAGAUAUCUCUUUAUAUCUUG